UGACAUUUGUUUGACAAUGACAGUUUUUGUAAUAUGGCAACGAAUAUUACAGCAAUAUUAAAAAAUAAAAAGGACCUGUACGAUGACGCGAAAAUAGUAGGUAAUAAAAAAUUGCCCAAAAAUCUCUAAAAUAAUUGUAAUAAAUUGAAUAUAUAAGUUUUAUAACAAGAGAUACAGCGUCGCCAUCGAUCCAUUGUCCAACAUAAUAAGUGAAAUCAUGGGCAUGUCUCGGUGUUACUCCUUAAUGAAGUGUUUGCUGAUAUUAUUCAAUAUAAUAUUUUUGGCGGUGGGGCUGGGCGCGUGCGCGCUGGCGGGCUGGGCGCUGUGGGACGGGCGCGCGGGCGAGGCGCCGGCGGCGCGGGCGGCGCUGGCGGCCGUGGCGGGCUGGGGCGCGGCGCUGGCGCUGGGCGCGCUGGCCGCGCUGGCCGGCGCCGCGCGCCACUCCGCCUCGCUGCUGGCCGCCGCCUUCGCGCUGCUGGCGCUCACCGCCGUGGCCGAGGGCGCGGCCGCGUGGUGGGGCGCUGCGCACGUGCCGCAGCUGCGCCGCGCGCUGCAGGAGCGCCUGCACCACACGCUGCGCCACGACUACGGCUCGCUGCCGGCGCGCACGCACAUGCUGGACGCCAUCCAGCAGGGGCUGGAGUGCUGCGGCGCCGACGGCGCGCGCGACUGGCAGGCGUCGGACUGGGCGCGGCGCCAGGCGGCCGACGAGCCCGCCGCGGCCGCGCGCUCCGACACCCUGGACCUCAGCGUGGGCGCGCCCGCGGCCUACUACUGGGUGCCCGCGUCGUGCUGCAGCACGGCGGAGGCGGCGGAGUGCGCGGCGGCGCGGCGCGUGGCUGCGGCGGCGGGCGGCGGCCCCGGCCUGCACGCGGCGGGCUGCGCGCCGCGCGUGCUGGCGGCGCUGCGGCGGGGCGCGCGCGCGCCGCUGGCGGCCGGCGCCGCGCUGCUGGCGGCGCACGCGCUGGCGCUGCUGCUGGCGCUGGCGCUGUGUCUGCGCGCGCAGCCCGACACGCGCUACAAGGCCUAGGCGCCACGGGUGACGGCCGAACCUGCAUCCCUCCUCGGGCCCGCUCUCUAUUUUCAUGCAUUUAUGUUUCCUUAUGUUCCUAUCGAUUGGGCGAGAUCGCUCCGCGAGACUGAAUUUGAUCACUCCCGAAAGACAGCGGCUGAAUUAUAAUUUAAGUUUUCGGUUUGAAUGUAGACGAGCUUCGUGCCGCCUCCACCGGGGGCGCGGAGACGGACGACCAUAAUAUAUUUAUGUAACAAAGAUAUUAUCGUACUAACGUAGUGCGUAAGCUGUAACCAAAUGUGUGCUAGUGUAAUUUUAUAGUUAUUGUUCCUAUCACUCUAUUGUUUAACGGCGAUGUAUGUUCACCGCUUCCCCGAGUGUUGGGGCCGGGCGUGUCCCGGUGCGGCCGCGCGCGUCGUGAGCUUGUUACAGAAUAGAGUAAGUGGAUAUAUUUUAUUUGUGUACUACUGCUACACUGCCAUAAUACCGAACAAGACUUGCUAGUUUAUAAGUUGAGACUGAUUUUCUUUCCGACUCUUUACUUUUAUAGGGACUAACUUUUAAGUUGUAACUGAGUACAAAUAUAGUGAGCGGAUUGUUUUGCUGAUUUAACGUUAUUGUAUUAUUUGAUUCUGUGCCUGUUCUAUCGACUGAUGUUCUUUAGAGUUAAGUUUGUUUGCGCCGGCCGCCUUCGAUAAUCCGCCUUAUAUUGAAAUAUGUAUUACAAUGUUAUCACUAUGAUUCUAACUCUAUACUAUACCAAAUUUUGAUACAGUACAAAAUGAUGUAAUUAGUUGUUUGUGUGAUUGUUGUGUCACAGCUGUGUGUUAGCGGCCGGUGCGCCGACUUAGUGUACCUAGAUGUGAGGCGGAGUGCCGCGCGGGGGCCGCGGGCGGGGCCCGGAGCCUUCAUACCAGGGUGACUUGCUGGUGGGUAUGCACAUUCAGUUCAAACAAUCAUGUAUCAAAUUGCGUUCGGAUCUCUGAAUUGUGCGCUAUUCAGGCGCUUGUAUGACGAUUGAACCUACCGUUCUGCUUACACUAGUCCUUAGGAGAUAUUGAGACUAAUAGAGUGUUGCCCUGCCUACCCUGUAAGUCCGGCCGCCCCGACUGUGCGGCGCGCGCGCAUUGCCAUAUAGAGUACUUACGCCCUGUGUAAUGUUGUCCUCACUAACUCGUAUUUUUUGAACACUAAUAAAUGUAUUGUGAAAUA